AUGGAAUGCCCUCCAGGUAGAUACUACAACGAUUCAAUAGUACUGCAACACACAGAUGAGAUUAGUUUAGUUUCCCAUAAUGAGAAUUCAGAGUACAAGAACAAUCUAGUAGCCAUAAGCAAGGUUCACCCUCUCCUGUUUUUAUCCUAUAGGCGGCAUAUCCAGAUAUAUCGACUACCUCAGCUCCGUUGGAUAACUACCAUUAGCACCGUGCCAGAGAUUCCUGCAGAAUGGGACACAAGCGCCAGCGUCUUUCCAGACCUACCCUACGAUAUCAAUUACUGCCGCAUUGGCGAGAUCAAUGGAAAGGAAGUUCUUGCAAUAGCGUCUGAUAAUGGAACCGUAAAGUUAUAUUAUACUGAUGCGUUGUCCAAACUAGCUCCCAAUCCACGGAUAAUUAAAGUUGCGGCUGACUUGGAGUUGAGACUCAAGAGGUCGGUCUGGGGUUUGGAUUUUUAUCCGAAAUAUAAUAUGAUAGCAGUGUCUUCCAAUAGUCACUAUGUUACGGUAUUCAGGAUAUUACCUGAUGAAAAAUUUAUCUUUGGAAAUUUGGCAACUCUAUCAAAUAAUAUACCAACCGUUUGUUUCAUUAAAAAUUCUACUGAUUCAAAAACUGAGGUGAGAUUAAUGGCUGGGUCCGUACAGGGAGAAGUUGCCUAUUUUCGAAUAGACGUUAGCCAACACUGCGAAAAUGAGAUAUACGAUUUGCGGCUGAUAAAAGAUUCACCUGUUGAUCAUGGAAACUUCAAAUCAGGGAUAAACUCCUCAAUUCUCUCCUGUUGUCUUUUUUCUGAAAUGAUCUGGACUCUGACAUUUGUAUCCAGUGAGUUUUUCAAGCCAGUGGACUCCCUUGGUAUACCACCAACAUCAUCCUCUAAACGAUACCCGGCAUCAGAUGAAUGGAAUGGAGUGCCGGUCACACAAGGUGGUUGCGACCAUAUAGCUCAUAAGGUAAGCUUUUCAGAUUCAGAAAAACCUGCAGAACAACAUUUGAGUGACGUAUUUUCAGAUGGAAGUACUACACAGGAAGUCCACUUCCAGCCAUCAGGAUUCUGCUUUGGUUCUGCAGAAUUGAUGACUAUUUUGUUAGAGUUUGAUGAUCGCAGAUUGAAAAACAGGUCCAGCUCCUUAAUACGAAACUAUUUGAGAGACAGGUUCCAACAUUCAUGUUUUAUUCCGGAACUGAGUAGCAUGAUUAUUGUUGGAAUGGAGGGAACUGGAUGGUUGUUCCGUCUAGUCCAAACACCCAGCAAGUAUACGUAUCGACAAGAGUUAUGUUUGGGGACAACAGAUUGGGCUCCAAUUGUAGGUGUUGAUUACCAAUUAGUCGAUGAUAACACUGCUAUCUUGUAUAUGGUAAACAUGUACAAUAAAGCAAAGACUUACAAACUCGUUGAUCGGGAAAUAAUGGCUCUAAAUAUUGACUUAUAUUAA